GAAUAAAGUAAUGCAUUAUGCCCAUAUGCAUUUUAUUGAAAUCCAGGAACUAAAACCAUAAUUCAUGAAGUCUACCUAUUAUUUGAUGAAAUGAAAUAUUCGUUCAUGUACAAAACACUUUGCUUUAUCAAUCCAUUGAAAUCUGAUUCCCAUCUGUAAACCAUAACGUGAAUAUAUCCCAUUAUGAAGAUCAAAUGGCCAAUUUCUCUGGAGAAUAUUUCAUUGUAUAAACUAUUAUAAAACGAAUGAAAAAAAACAGAAUAGCUGAAACGAAUUGAAUGAAAUAUGAUUUCUCAAGGGAAAAAUAUAUGUAUCAUACAUCCAUUCAUCAAAGUAUAUAUCGUAAAUAAAUAAAAAUAUCGACCAGAAACAAAAAGUACGCUGAUAUAAUCAUUGAGAUGAAUAAUAAUGGAAAAUUUUUUGUGCCAAAAUUCAAAUUCAAUAAUAUCCGGAUGGAUUACAAAAGGGAAAUUUUUCGAUUCUGCAACCUAAACAAUUGAGCUGAUUGAUUUUAUACCGAAAUUCAUAUACACAUACACAACAAAACAAAACACAAUAGAAAAACCAAAAGUAUCGUCACGAAUAUAAUGAUAAUUCAUUCUUCUAAUUCCAUGGAAGAUUAUUCAAUAUCAUCAUUUUCAUCAUCACCAUCAUCUUCGUUAAAUAUCGAUCUAAAUGAUGAUUAUAAAUAUCAACCAAUCAAAUUCAAAUCUAAUAAUGAUAAUAUUCGAUUUGAUUCGACAAUGGCUGCUAGUAAUGCAAUCAAUAAUAAUGAUCUUGAUAAUGAUUUAGCUCAAAAAUAUUCAAAUGUUGAUCAAUUGAAUCUACUUUGUAAUAAAUUGAUGACCAUUGUUACUUCAUCCACUGCAUCUACAUCAUCUUUUUCCGUUUCUUCUAAUGAUAAAAUACCGAUUCCCAAUCAAAAAAUGAAUCAUUCUCAGUUGAUAAACAUCUGGAAUUAUGUCAAAAUUUGUUUUCAUCAUCACCAUCAACAACAACAUCAACAUCAACAUUUAUACCAUCAAGUGAACCUUAUUUUUCAAUGCCAAAUCUAACAACAGUAAUCAAUAAUAUAACUGCGAAUUUACUGAUUGAAUCACAAUUAUUUUUGCCAACAUCAAUGAAAACAUCGCCUUCAUUUGCACAAAUAAUCGAUGUGAGCACUAUUAGUGGCAAUAAUUAUAACAAUAAUAAUACGAUCAAUCCUUUAAUUCCAUCUGAUAAUGAUUUGAGUGAUAAUGGUCACAAUAAUGAUGAUAGUUAUCUUAAUCCCAAUCUAAAAAUAACACUAAUCGUUCUAUUGAGCUUGAUGAUCGUUUGUACUGUUAUUGGCAAUAUUUUAGUUUGUUUAUCGGUCAUUCUUGUACGAAAAUUACGGCAUCCAUCCAAUUACCUUUUGGUAUCAUUGGCUAUAUCAGAUCUUUGUGUGGCAAUAUUGGUCAUGCCGUUAGCAUUACAAUAUGAGCUUUCACAAUCAUGGCGCCUAUCGAAUGGUAUCUGUGAUCUUUGGGUUUCAUUUGAUGUUACUGCAUGUACAUCAUCUAUUCUAAAUCUUUGUACAAUUUCAAUUGAUCGUUAUCUUGCCAUAAAAAAACCAUUAACCUAUGGUGUUCGCCGUACAACCAAACGAAUCUUAUCAUUUAUUGUGGCCGUAUGGAUAGCAUCAUGUUUAAUAUCUAUACCACCAGUGUUAAUUCUUGGCAAUGAACAUGGAACACCUGAACAGCCAAUAUGUGAAGUGAGCCAGAAUUUAGGAUAUCAAUUAUAUGCUACAUUAGGCGCAUUUUAUAUACCAUUAUUCGUUAUGAUUGUCAUGUAUUAUAAAAUAUAUGUGGCUGCCAAACGUGUUGUCGAUGCAGAACUUCGUGAUCAACGUCCAUCAUGUUCCAGUUCAAUGACUAUGCGUACAUCAAAUACAUCAUCAAAACUGAAUAGAUUUUAUUCAAUGCGUAAACUAACAAAAAAAUCACAACGACAACAAAUCAAAUAUUUUGAUUCAAUGGGAAAACCAUUCACAUCAUCAUCGCCAUCAACAUCAUCAAAAACAGCUGUACAGUUAUUGGAUAAGAAUCAAAAUUAUUUACAACAAUCAUCAUCACCAAACGACAAUGAUAAUUCAACAACUCAAAACAAUAAUAAAUCAAAUCAUAUCAAAUCAAAAUGUGGAAAAAAAUCCAAUUAUAAUCGUGAAUCAUCCAAACAAAGAAGAAAGCGGCAAAAAUUCUAUCAUAAAUGUUGUUGUUGUUGUUGCUCUCGAAAUGAUAAUUAUUUUGAAUGUGAUGAUGAAUUGAGCAAACAGAAUAUGUUACAAAAUUCGAAUGAAAUACCGGCCGCAACAACCACAACAACAACAGUGAUAACACCAACAGCUGCCAUGAUGGUUAAUUCAGAUGGUACAACAACCACAUCAUCGACAGUGAUGUUGACCACAAAAGCACCCAUCACGACAGCCAAUACUGCCAGUAAAUUAUAUGGCGAUAAUAUUACAUGUUAUUCGAAUCAUAAACAUUUAAAUGGCCAUCAAAAAUCACUAACGACAACAGCUACACAGCAAAAAUCAUCAAAACAAACCAAUGUAUUAUUAUUAUCAUCAUCAUCAGCAUCAUCAUCGUCUACAAAUUUUCAAUCUGGAUUUCGUCGUAAUCGUCGCCGAUCAAUAAUUAACAGUGGACAUAAUAUCAAUAAUGAUGGUAGUGGUGGUUCCAUGUUAAUAAGUGGUUCAACAACAUUAGCAAUGAAACAACGUGCAUCAAAUGCAUUACGUGAACGAAAAGCAUCGGUCACAUUAGGUAUUAUAAUGACCGCUUUCACCGUUUGUUGGUUACCAUUUUUUAUAUUGGCAGUAUUACGUCCAUUCUCUGCUUCAGUCAUGCAAAUUCCACGAUAUGUUACCAGUAUUGCAUUAUGGUUAGGUUAUGUUAAUUCAAUGCUCAAUCCAAUAAUUUAUGUCACAUUUCAUCAGGAUUUCCGUCGUGCAUUCAAAUAUUUACUAUGUUUUCAAUGUCGUUCUAUGGGUACCCGUUUACGUGAGGAAGCAUAUCUAAGUCAAUAUGGUAAAUGUAAUCUCAAUAAUCAACAACAGAAUCGUCAACAUCGUAUAAAUGUGGAGAAAUUUGAUGAUCAACAACGAUCAUGUAAAAUUAUGGUACAUAAUGAUAAUGUAGAAUCAUUGUCAUCCAAUAUAAUUGCUAUCAAUGAACAUAAUGAUGAUGAUGAUGAUAAUAAUAAUAAUAAUAACAAAAUGAACAUUAAAAAUGAACAAUCAUUCAAUAUUGAUUCUUUAUCCACAUUGCCGCCAUCACCACCACAAUCAUCAUCAUCAUCAUCAAUUGUUUUACAGACUGAUUUUCCUGUUAUAACCUGUUUGAAUUUACAAAAACCAUUAACAACAAUGGAAACAAUGGUAACAACCACGACAACGACUACAAAUGCCCGUAUGAUCGCUAUAACAAACAUUGAUAUGAAUGAAGAUGAUGAUGAUGAUGAUGAUGAAAAUAGUAGCCAAAAUGAACAAGUCUGAACAAUUUUAAACAGAAAUGAAUCAUUGUUGUUAUUGUUAUAUUUUUUUUUAUUAUCAUUCUGUAAUUCUCUAUGUAGUCUCUUCAUAUAUUUAUGUUUAUAUUAUAUGUGUGUUGACUGUAUUGAAAUAUUGAUAUGAAUUUGAACAAAAUGGACAAUUGUAAAAAAGAAAAAACGGCCAAACCAAACCAAACCAAAAAAACAACAACAACAAACUAAACAGGGUGUUUGUAAAUUUAUUUCUCUGCAGAAUUUAUUGUAUAUUCUAAUCCUAAUUAUUAUUAUUAUUAUAUUAUGGUUUUGAAAUAAAAGUGAGAAUAAAUAUUGUGGUAAAUUUUUU